AUGGAUUGUUGCGCUACGGGAAAUACCCGCGUGAUUAAAAUAGAAUUCGGAAAGGUUCAAGCGGGUAUGACAGUUGUCAAAACUCUUAAAAUAGUUAAUGAAAGUCAGCAGGAGCAGACGUACGAGGCUCGAAGAGACCCGAUAACGAACCCUUUGGAUUAUGUCUUCAAUUUGCAUGCAUAUAGUUGGUCUUUGCCUCCAGGGGGUACCUUUGAAUGUGACAUAUGCUAUAAGCCAUUGACACCGUUCUACAAAAACAUAGAUUACUUCAGCAUAACUGAUUGCACUCAAGUCUAUUACAAAAUAAUUGUGCAUGGCACUUGCAUUGGUCCAAAUGUUUACUGCUCGGUAUCUAAAAUGAUAUUGACAAACCCUAAGAAAGGUGACUGGGCAAAGAAGAGAAUGUUACUAACUAAUAAUUCCAAAGUAUCUGCGUAUUUCAUGUUUGAUAUAGACUUAACACAGUGUCCUUUCAAGCUUGACAUUGUCAAUGGUGUCUUGAAACCAAAUGCUCAUGUAUAUAUUACACUUACAUUCUGUCCUCCAGAUCUGGGACAUUAUGCAUUUCAUUUACCGUGUCUAAUACAGAAUCAGAGUCCUAUCAUUAUUGAGCUUUAUGGAUACAAUGGUACUUCGUUCCAGAAUCAGGAGCAAUUUCAUUCAAAAAUGUUUCCACGCCCUCUGUACAAAGCAAAAGGUUUCGAAGGUUACAUGAGUGACAGCGUUAUAAUUAGAGAUGAAAAUACUCCACCGAUAUCACUAUCUUAUAACUACAUUGAUUUUGGACAAACUAAUGUUGGUGGCAAGAAUGCAUCUCAACGGAUACCACGAACAAUCUGCCUCACGAAUCACAGUCAAUUAGACAUUUUCAUGAAGUGGGACGAAGAUGUUGAUGGAUCCUUUUGCAUUAAGCCAACAACUGCCCAGGUUCAACAACGACAAUCAACCCUCUUCGAAGUUCACUUUGAUCCUUCCGUUGAGAGAGAUGUUUUCUACAAAGAAUUACUUGGAAGAAUAUUUUGGGGACCCAUGACUUCUUGGACAUGCCAAAAUUUAUUAACACCUUCAUUGACUGUUCCACUGGUCAUUACAAUCAGAUUAAUCGGACAUUCCUUUCCAAGUGACUCCGACAUUUGGAUACCACAGUAUGAUGUGCCAAGAACAGUAAUUAUGCCACCAUGUGUCCCCCCAAUCUCAGUGUACACAACUUUUAUGAUAAAAAGACGUGGCUACGUGCCUCUGAUGUUUCGCUUCAUACCACCAGCAACUAGUCAUUUCAUUGUUAAACCAAUGAUUGGUGUAAUUCGCAAUGAUUACCAAAUAGUUACUUUGGGGAUGUUUCCCGAAGAAGAGGGACAACCUCUUUAUAUUGAACGAUGGGCAAUUCAAUUCAACGGAAACUGUCAAUAUGAGGUGCCGAUAGAUUUUAGAGGUUUUACAGAGUCUCCGAGUGUCAUUUUCAAUAACAACGAUCUAGUGGCUUUCCAACCGGUUCACCCUGGUUGUUACCAGAGUCAGGAGCUCACCAUGCGUAACGUUACUCGCCACUGCAUUUUGUAUUCAUUCAAUGAUGUACCCGAAGAGUUGAAUCUUCAAAGUAUUGAAGGUCGAAUACAUCCCAAUGAAAUACUCACACAUAAUUGGAUAUUUUGUCCUCUGAAAUUAAGAGACUACACUUUUAAGAUUGAUUGUUGUUUAACUAGUUUGAUUGGUAGACGAGCCAUUGGAACUUUGGUGAAUGUCCCGAUCAAUGUUACGGGGAAGAGUGAGCCAGGCAUUUUAGUGGCAAUACCUAACGAAAUAAAUUUUGGAAUCGUUGGCUAUGGAACAACCAAGACGCUCAGUUUCAACGUAUUCAACUUUAGUGGAGUGGAAAUUCAUUUUCAAAUGUCCUGUCAGCAUCGUGGCAUUCCUGUUGGUGAUGUGCAAAAUGACAUUCAUAUUCACCCUACUUCAGGGACUGUUCGUCAGGGAAAGAAAGAAAGACUUUACGUUUCGAUUACUCCUCAUGAGCCUGGCUUCUAUGAGCUUUCUAUAAUAUAUUUUAUUAGACCGAACGCUGUAACUGAUAGCAUUGUAAGUAAUGUGGAGCCGAUAAAUGUUUGCAAAGUAAAUUGCAUGUGUCUUCUUCCGACAUUACAGAUUAAGGAUUUAUUGUAUUACGGCACUGGUCCCAAUACGAGCAAGGUUCGUCUUUGGAACAUGCUGAAAGUGAACAAGUUAAACUCAUUUCUGGAAACUUCAAAGCCUGGUCAAAAGGAGAUAUUUAAUGUCCAUUUUCCAGAGCUAGUAUUAAACGAUGAACCUCUUUUGAUAAAGCUCUUGAUAAUUAAUCCGACACCGAUAAUAGCUUCAUGGAUUUUAAAGAGAAUUCAAAUUUGUUCAUGUCCCCGUGUUCCCAAAAAAGGAGGAAGCAUGACUUUCAAGUCAACUGAGUUCAAUUGCCAGCAUCGAGAAGCAUGUACUAUUUAUCCAAAGGAAAGGUCUCUGCAAAAAAAUGAGACUGCAGUGUUGACAAUAGAGGUAAAGUACAAAUUGCAGGGGCUGACUACGCUGCAAUGGGAUUUAGAAUUUGGUCAAGAUCGGCAUGUAAUAUGGAAUGCUGAAAUUGUUGGUCUUUCUGAACAUGAAUGUGGUCCUACAUUAUUUGAUAGUCCACGCAUAAUACUGAACAACAUUUAUAUUGGCGAUAUGAAUCCAGUGUAUCAGCUAUGUUGGAUGUAUAAUGACAUGGAUCAUGAUGUAUCAUACACUUUAGAUACAAGCCAGAUACAUAAAGUUAACGAAGCCUUUACCACUAAUGUUUUCUCCUGCGAGGAAUCCCAUGGCAUCAUGAAGGCUCGGUCCACAAAAUCACUGAUCUUCAAGUUCCAUCCCAGGCAGUUUGGUAAAUUUGAAGUGGUAGUUCCGAUGAAGUUAGGCAACAAGCAGACGGAUCUGUUGUUGAAAGGGGAAGGUAUUAGUUUUGACAUUUCAAAGCCAACAAAAGAAGUGUCACCAGUUCUUGAUACUUUCUGUGUACCAGAAGUUCCGGUAUACUUCAACACAGACCAUAUAUCGAUUAUGCCUGUACCGACUCAUUCCAAAGUAACAAGGAUGAUAAUGAUCCGCAAUACGCUAAAAAACGACGUAAUUGGAUACAAAUGGCAAAAUUACAGUCUACCAAAUCUUCUUCGCAUUAACAUUCAGCCCACUACAGGUCGAAUCCAACCAGACUCCGUACAAACCUUUCGAUUGACUGUGCAUACAGGGGGACUUCCCUUUAAAGGCAAUGCAGAUAUCACGUGUGAAUUCAUGAAUCUCAGCAAAAAACGUCUCUACCAGAAAAGUUUAAUUAUGCAAGAUAUUCUUCACAAAGAACUGGAGGGGCAAUUUGUUAUUACAGAAAAAGGUCUCAGUGUGCCGAACGCUCCCAUGAAUGAAGUGAAAAAUCCAAAGCCUUUUUACAAAGGUCUUACUAUACGCUGUGGUACCUACAGUUUACCAGAUGAAAACUUGAAAGUUAGUAUCGAUGAUCAAUUGAAAAACACACCGCCAAAUGAGUUUAGUAUUCCAUCGGUUUUACCUAAAUUACAUGCUUCGGAAGAAGUUUUAGACAUGUCAACAUUCAUUUUGGAAGGUCUUAUAUGGGAUAUCCUUUAUAGUGAUGAUUUUAAGCGAGUAAUGAAGGAAAAUUUAAUCCCACCGAAAGACAUGUUAUAUUCUCAAUUUGUAAUGGAUCCUAGUGAACGAAAGCGUCUCUCAGAAAGAUCUUAUAUAACACCUCCAAAACGCCUUCUUGAAUCUUUACUGGAAGAAAUGAUAUUUACGAUUAUCCAUGAAGAGUUUGCAUUGGACACUGCUCACCUUGGACAACAAACCGAUAUCAGACAGUUUACAUAUCACAAGAUUAUUCCACAGAUACGUCAAAACCAUAUGAACAAAUGUUAUCAACGCAGGAUUCUGAAGAAGUAUCCAUUGAAAAAGCCGAUACGAAAACUUCUGUGA